GGGGGGGGGGGGGCGCGCCAUCGGACGCAGAAGCAAGGAACCCUUCGCGGACUACGAACAGAGAGAGAGACAGAGACACAGAGAGGGAGGCAGAGACACGGAGACAGAUAGACAGAGAGGGAGCACGCGAGGAGCGUGAGGAGAGGUCUCGGUACGGAAGUGUGCGCGCGGUUCGGUGCCGUGACAGUGGACGCGUAGAUUAAAUCAACCCGCCGAGCUUCAGCCUCCCCCGAGCGGACCGCCGAACCCCACCCCCCCCGGAUACAGCGACCCAGCAAGUUCUGUGGAGGAUACCGGGAGGAACCAACUCGUAAGAUGCCCGUGGCCACAUCCAGCUCUGACUCCACCAUGCAUCAGGCCCUGGACACACUAAGUGACAGCACAAGCUCCACUACUGCCAAUGACCUGGACCUCAUCUUCCUCAAGGGCAUCAUGGAGAGCCCGGUGGCCCAUGAGCAGCUUGAGGAGCCCAAGCUGGAGGCUGUGAGGGAGAACAACGUGGAGCUGGUCCAGGACAUCCUCAAGGAGCUCAACCCGCUCGCAGCCAGGAGCCGGGCAGUGGACGAGCUGGUCCGCAUCCUGAAGGAGCCUCACUUCCAGUCCCUCCUGGAGACGCAUGAUUCUGUGGCGUCCAAAAACUACGAGACCCCUCCCCCCAGCCCCUGUUCCUUCAUGGACGCAGCCCUCAACAACCAGCCUGUUCCCCCAGACGCGGUGAGGAUGGUGGGCAUCCGGAAGGUGUCUGGCGAGCACCUAGGAGUGACGUUUCGAGUGGAGAACGGCGAGCUGGUGAUAGCCAGGAUCCUUCACGGCGGCAUGAUCGACCAGCAAGGUCUGCUCCACGUGGGGGACAUCAUCAAGGAGGUGAACGCCAAGGAGGUGGGCAACGACCCCAAAGUGCUCCAGGAGAUGCUGAAGGAGGCCAGCGGCAGCGUGGUGCUGAAGAUCCUGCCCAGCUACCAGGAGCCACACACGCCAAGACAGGCCUUUGUCAAGUGUCACUUUGACUACGACCCGUCCCACGAUAACCUGAUUCCCUGCAAAGAAGCGGGGCUGAGCUUCAACAGCGGGGACAUUCUGCAGAUCUUCAACCAGGAGGACCUCAAUUGGUGGCAGGCCUGUCACAUAGAGGGAGGCAGCGCUGGUCUGAUCCCAAGCCAGCUGCUCGAGGAGAAGAGGAAAGCGUUUGUGAAGAAGGACUCGGAGCUGGCCACCGCAGGUCCCCUGUGCGGCGGGAUGGGUAGUAAGAAGAAGAAGAAAAUGAUGUAUUUGACCACCAAGAAUGCAGAAUUCGAUCGCCACGAGCUGCGGAUAUACGAAGAGGUUGCCAAAGUUCCGCCCUUCAGGAGGAAGACGCUGGUUCUGAUUGGUGCGCAGGGGGUCGGCCGCCGCAGUCUAAAGAACAAGCUGCUGGUGUCGGAUCCCCAGCGGUACGGCACCACCAUGCCCUUCACCUGUAGAAAACCAAAGGUGGACGAGAGGGACGGCCAAAUGUACUCCUUCAUGACCCGCAGCCAGAUGGAGUGCGACAUCAAAAACGCUCGCUUCUUGGAGCACGGCGAGUACGACGGGAACCUUUACGGCACCAAGAUCAACUCCAUCCACGAGGUGAUGGAAACGGGGAAGAUCUGCAUCCUGGACGUCAACCCGCAGGCUCUUAAAGUCCUGCGGACGGCGGAGUUCCUGCCGUACGUCGUCUUCAUCGAAGCGCCCGAUUUCGAGGUCCUCAAAGCGAUGAAUAAGUCUGCGAUUGAGUCGGGAGUCGUUACCAAACAGCUCACGGACUCUGACUUAAAGAAGACGGUGGACGAGAGCGAGCGCAUCAAACGGGCCUACGGACAUUACUUCGACGUGUGCAUCGUGAACGACGGGCUGGACGCGGCGUUCCGGAGUCUGCGCCUCGCUCUGGACAAACUGUCCACGGAGCAGCAGUGGGUCCCCGUCAGCUGGGUCUUCUGAAAGCCCCCCCCCCCCCCCAGGAGCGAGGGGGCAACGGGCCGAAGGUCAGGGGGACAGUCAUUGGUCGGCGGGGGGGGGGGCUUCACCUUGAGCGUUUCUGUACAAACUUAGUGUUCCUCUGUUGAGCCCAAUGUCCAUUUGUCCUUUAUUUGUCAGAAUUGGGAGGAUUUCUAUUAAUGUUUGUUGAGAAGCAUUUAGAUGGAUUAUGAGGUCCGUGCAAUAGGGUGUGCGCGCGUGUGCGUGUGUGUGUGCGCGUGCGUGUGCGUGUUAUCAUAAACGUGGAAAUAGACGUAGAGUAACGAAGGAUCAUUGAAGGAUACUUCUUGGCCCUCCCUACUUUAUGUAGUGUAAUGUUUACAUUGGGUUGCUAGGACAGAAUCGUGAAGGAAAUAUACCAAAUGUUUGUGACAAAAAGUCCAUAUUUUACCUUUUGAUCAUAGAGUGUGAAGUGUGCUUUAUAUUAUCUCACCGCCAAUUUGACAACCAAACAGCAAUAGAUCAUUUUAAACAGAAACGUGCAACACAUUUACUCGUAAACAACAGCACAUUUUGUGUUCAUUUUCAGUCUGGAUUGCUUUUGUGUCCAUUGAAUGUCUUCUUUUCAUUUGACAUUUGAUCUGUCAGUGUGAGUGACACCUGGCCGACGGCUCCAAUCCGGCUGUAGUUGUCUUUGUAGCACUGAGAACAACAAAAGAAUUAAGACACCACUGAAGAAGUAGCCUACAGUAUCUACAGUAUGCAGCGAUUGUAUAACGGAGGCAAACUAAUAACUAAACAUUUGUAUCAGUGGUUUCAAAUCACACUUACUUUUGCCUUAAAAUGGUUCAAAAGCCAAGGAAAUACUCUCAUCACUGUACUGAAUUUAGAGAAAAAUACUACUGGCAACACUGAUAUAUUUAUUUAAUUUCCCUCAAACUUGUAAGUACUGUAUUGUAAUAAAGACUCUAAAGCAUCACAUGAAGAAACCA